CUAUUGAAUUCAUUGUCUCAUGUUUCCGUUGUUUAUUGAUCUCUGAAAUACCCUAAUGCCCAAUGUCUUUAAAUCUUGAAGUUAAAUCGUUUAAUUUAUUUGCAUUUUUAUUUUACAAAUCUGAUAACCAAACAAACUCUUCGCUUUAGCUAAGAACGAGUCUCGGAAGUCUUUAGUGUACCAUUGGUUCUUGUGGAUCGACCCCGUAUAUACUACCUUGCGGUUAAGUGUAUCGGGUAAUUACUCGAGCAAUCAGAGCUGAAUGUCUAUGGAUUGUGGGCCUAUGAUGCAACCACUGCGCUGGCAAUUGCCAUUGAAGAAGCUGGAACUACUAACUUGACUUUCAGUAAUGGGGAGCCUGGGAGAAAUGUGUCUGAAUUUGAAGCUCUUGGUUUAUCUCAAUAUGGUCCAAAGCUUCUCCAGACACUCUCAAGAGUUCAGUUCAAAGGACUUGUAGGAGAUUUCGGUUUUAUCAACGAGCAACUACAACCCUCAGUUUUUGAGAUUGUUAAUCUAAUCGAACCGGAGAUAGGUCGAUCGGAUUCUGGACAGAGGAAAAUGGUCUUGUGAAGAAACUAGACCAUCAACCACAGAGCAUGAGCGCUUUAUCUACUUGGAAAGAUCAUCUUAAACCCAUUAUAUGGCCUGGAAAGGUUGAUGUUGUUCCGAAAGGAUGGGAGAUCCCAACAAAUGGGAAGAAGUUGCGCAUCGGAGUUCCAAAGAGAAGUGGUUACACCAAUCUCGUGAAGGUCACAAGGGAUCCUAUCACAAACUCAGUGAUAGUCUCAGGUUUGUGCAUAGAUAUCUUAGAGGCUGUGAUUCGAGCAAUGCCUUAUGAUGUCUCCUAUGAGUUAUUUCAUUUUGAGAAACCCAAUGGUGAACCAGCCGGUGAUUACAACGAAUUGGUGUACCAAGUGUACCUCGGGAGAUAUGACGCAGUUGUGGGAGAUAUAACCAUACUGGCGAACAGGUCCGCUUAUGUCGACUUCACAUUUCCAUUCCUUAAGUCAGGCGUGGGAUUGAUUGUCCCAAUGAAAGACGAAGUGAAGAGAAACAGUAUCAGUUUCUUGAUGCCUUUAACAUGGAAGUUGUGGGUGACUUCCUUUGUCUUUUUCUUCCUUAUUGGCUUUACUGUCUGGGCUCUUGAACAUAGGAUUAAUCCGGACUUUCGUGGACCAGCUAAUUACCAAGCUAGUACCAUAUUUUGGUUUGCCUUCUCUACCAUGGUUUUUGCUCCAAGGGAAAGAGUAUACAGCUUUGGAGCUAGGCUUCUAGUUAUCACAUGGUACUUCAUUGUUCUUGUGUUGACUCAAAGUUACACAGCCAGUUUGGCGUCAGUUUUGACAUCACAAAAACUAAAUCCAACCAUAACCAGCAUGAGUAGCUUACUUCAAAGAGGAGAAAGAGUGGGUUAUCAGAGACAAUCCUUCAUCUUUGGAAAGCUUAAUGACACAGGUUUCUCGAAAUCUAGCCUUGUGCCCUUUGAUACCACAGAAGAAUGCCAUGAGCUUCUCAGAAAUGGCACAGUGUCUGCAGCUUUUUUGGAAACACCUUACUUGAGACUCUUUCUUGGACAAUAUUGCAACACUUAUAAAAUGGUUGAAGAACCAUUCAACGUUGAUGGAUUCGGUUUUGUUUUUCCAAUCGGAUCACCUUUGGUGGCCGAUGUUUCAAGGGCCAUCUUAAAAGUAGCAGAGUCACCAAAAGCAAUGGAGCUUGAGAGCACAUGGUUCAAGAAGAAAGAAGAAAGUUGUCCAGACCCAGUCACCAAUCCAGAUCCAAAUCCGUCUACAUCAUCUAGGCAACUCGGCGUAGAUAGUUUCUGGCUUCUGUUUCUUGUUGCUUUUGUUAUAUGUGUUCUAACCCUUGGCAAAUCAUUAUUCUUUUUCCUAAAGAAGCCUACACAUGUUGAUGGCUUAUGGAAGGAGUUCCAAAAACCAGACAAUGAUUCGUACAUCAACAAAGUCGAGAAAUGUCCAUGUUCGUCAAGUCAACUCAUGCCUGAGAACACCACUCCAGAAACUAAUCAAACAGCUGACGGUUGAGGCACUGUAACCAACCAUUAUGUUUGAAUCUCUCAAGAUUGUCAUUAAGUGCUUUUUACCAAACAAAACUAGAAUUUAAAAUAUUGUUAUUCAUGGCGGAACGGGUUUGGCUCGACAUUUCAAUACCUGUAUGGUUUAUUGCUU